AUGGUGGAUGAUGAUUGGGAUGUAGGUGCGGUCGUAAGAAGUUGUAAUAUUAAUAGACCUGACAAUGUUGCAGCUCCUAAGUUAGACUUGGAGACUUCUUUAAAUGAUGUUUGGAAUUCUUUUGAUAAACUUUUUGCUCCUGACAUGACUAAUUUUAAUGAUUUAUCUGAAAUUUUCUCUUUAGAUUUUCCAACUGCUCACCAGGAAAAACCAGAUGAUCAGGUCAUAAUCAUGAACCAAAAUGGUAACCAACAGUUGUACUUACAUCCCAUUCAACCAGCUCAAUUUAUCCAACAAAGCUCUUUUCAUCCAUCACCAACAACAGUAACGUGUGUUCCACCAAUAACUACAACACCAAAAGAAUGGAUUGAUCUACAACAACUCGAUAUAGGGGCUAACAAUUAUCCUAAUUUCACUUUUUCCAUGGAGACUCCUUUGAUCCAAACUAGAACAAGGAAUUACUACAAGUGUAGUACAUCAAAACUCUGUGAAGCAAGGAAAAAUAUUGAGAAAAGCCCAAAUGAUGAGAACAUUUUCUUGGUGUCCUAUUCAGGUGAACACAACCAUGAUCCACCCACGAACCGUAGAAAUCUUGCUAGUUGCAACAGUAGUUCCAAAUUCAAGCUUCCAAAAGGCAUAAAUAUUUUUCCCAAAACAUCAACCUUGAAUGCAUCAUCCUCCUCGUCCAAGCGCAUUAAGUGUUCAAGAGAUGUUGCUUCUCCAAUUAUCGCAACUAUGCCUCCGCUUGAAUUUGGGAGCAAAAAUAAAAUGAUUGUUGCGGCCGUAGAGGAUAAAGGUGAUGGUAAAGAAGAGGUGGACAUGAAUGAAGAUAUUUUCAUGGGUUUUAAAUAA